CAUCUACUCCUCCAGUCCCCACAUUCCACAUUACCUUCUUUGGCUGCGCGAGUGCGAGCGCCUGGACGCUGGACUUUGCGACUCGCUGUUUGGCCUUUGUUUUGGACGGCAGGCGCCUCCAGCGUAACUCGACGUAAACUGUAUAAUACCGGCCCUACGGCCUCUUGCUCUGCGACUGCAGCAAGACUGGACAUAAUACCCCUCGAUCUGCGCCACACAUGUUGCGUCAACGAGUGACUGCGCCAUGAGCUACAACUCGUACACCCCACGGACGCGCCUCCACUCGACCGCGUCGCCCUCGCCGCUGCGCCAGGCCUCGACCCUCUCCAAUGGCUCGUCCACACGGUCGAACGAUGCGCCGAGCCGCUCGAGCACGCAGUCGAGCAGCGCGUCCCAUGGCUUUGGCCCGCCACUGGGCCACCGCCGCGGCAUGAGCGAGGCCACAGCGCUGUCACAGCCGCGGACAGAGAGCUACUACGGCGGCUCGGAAGACACAAGUGCGAGCAACACCUAUGCCAGCAUGCGCAAGGCACUGCGGCCACUCUCUCAGGCGCCGCAGAACUCGCCCCCGCCGUCCCCUGAGAAGCGCCCCGCGACCUCGUCAGGCAGCGCUACACGCUCCCUCUCGCACACCCGAUCGCAAAGCGUCGAGAACACCCGGCACCCGGUUUUCGACAACUCACGGCACCACGUCGACAACACCCGGCACCACGUCGACAACACCCGGCACCAGGUCGAUAACACCCGGCACCAAGCGCUUGAUAGUUCCCGACAUCAAGCCCUCGAUAGCUCACGGCACCAUGCCGUUGAUCACUCCCGGCACCAGUCCCUCGAUAAUUCACGGCACCACUUCGAACACUCCCGGCACCAUACCUUCGACGGGCCGAGCUCGCCCACAUCGCCAGUCUCGCCAGUCUCGAAGCCGCGCCCGCUGUCCAUCGCCGUCUCGCGCGCAGAUUCUGUACGCGCACCGGCCCGCGACCACUCGUCACGUCCUUUCUCCACCCACCUCGAAAAGCCUGUGCUGCAGAGCCUGCAGAAGUCGGCGACAGGCCACCUGCGCACACUCUCCAAAUUCGCAGACUCGGCUAGCGAAGACGACUUCAGCAUCAAGUCCCCCGAACAAGAAGUGGUCGGUCUGCAUGGGAGACGAAGGCUACAGCGGACCGAUCAAGAACGAGCGAAGAAGACACAAUCGGCAUGGGCACGAAGCAAUUGGAUGGAUCAACAACGUCAAUUCUUGCAGGCGUACGAAUACCUCUGUCACAUUGGUGAGGCCAAGGAGUGGAUGGAGGACAUCAUCGACUCGGAGCUGCCGCCCGCUGUUGAGUUGGAGGAGGCUCUUCGAAACGGCGUGACAUUGGCAGAGAUUGUGCAGUCGGUCAAAGGCCAUCCGCUGCGCAUCUUCCGCGACCCGAAGUUGCAGUACCGGCAUUCUAACAACUAUGCCCAUUUCUUCAACUUCCUGGCCGAGGUCGAGCUACCAGAUUUGUUCCAGUUUGAAUUGAUCGAUCUCUACGAGAAGAAAAAUGUCCCCAAGGUCAUCUAUUGCAUCCACGCCCUGUCGUGGCUGCUUUUCCGAAAAGGUAUCGUCGACUUCCGCAUCGGCAACUUGGUCGGUAAACUGCAAUUCGAGGACCACGAACUAGAAGCAACACAAAAGGGCUUGGACAAGUCUGGAGUCAGCAUGCCCAACUUUUCAGGAAUGUCAGCGAACUUCAUCUCCGAGCCCGAGCCAGAACCCGAGCCUGUCGAAUCAGAAGACGAUCGAAUAGACCGCGAACUGGCGGAAAACCAAGCCAUGAUCCUGGACUUGCAGGCACAAAUAAGAGGAGCUCUGGUGCGUAUGCGCCUGGGCGACAUGAUGCAGGAACUCUGGGAUCACGAGCAUCUGGUCGCAGAUCUACAAUCUCGCAUUCGUGGAGAUUGGGCAAGACAAAUCUCCAAUUAUCGAUUGGACAUGCGCCGCUUUUCUAUCACUCUCCAGAGCGCAGCCAGAGGCUACCUCGUACGGACGCGACAGCGAGGCGAGAAGGACUUCUGGCGAGACAACACAGCGCAGGUGCUCAAGGUGCAGAACCUGUUCCGCGGACGCAAAGCCAGGGCCCAGGUCCAGUACACCAGAUCGAAGAUACAGCAACACGAGCACGGGAUACGAGAAUUCCAGGCAGCCAUUCGAGGAGCUCUGGAACGACUGCGCGUGGGCGACCGUUAUGCCGAGACACGGGACACCGAGCCAGCGACUGUGCAUAUCCAGGCUAUGGUCCGUGGUGCCCUGCUCCGAUACAAGGUUGACCGUGAAUGGGCUGAGCUACAAUCCAACGAGGUGCAGAUCGCAGACCUGCAGGCCGUCUCUCGAGCGGUCCUCCUACGACAAGAGUUACGGACCGAUCAGGAGAGUCUGCGCCAACACGAGAACGUGGUCACACUGCUUCAGGCAGCUGCCCGAGGUAUUCUUGCUAGGAAACAGAAUGCAGAGAUGCAAGACCAACUGGCACAAACCCCCGCGUUCGUCGACCUGCAGUCAGCAAGCCGAGGAUUUGUCCAGAGACAGCGGACCUAUGACGUACUUUGUCAGCUCAAUGCUGAAGAGCCGGAGAUCACCCAGCUUCAGGGAGAUGCACGCGGCAUGUUGCUUCGCAUGGAGAUCGGCAUGCAGCUUGGCCAGCUCGAAGAGCACGACGAGGCCAUCUUCGAGCUGCAGGCACUGGCACGCGGCAUGGUGGUUCGCAUAAAGCAUGCUGAGAAGCAGAGGUUCUACCGACAGAACAUGGAGAAGGUCAUCAAGAUCCAGAGCUUCGUCCGUGGACGACAACAGGGCGAGGCAUAUAAGAGCUUGACGAGCGGGAAGAACCCACCGGUAUCAACCGUGAAGAACUUUGUUCAUCUGCUGAAUGACAGCGAUAUUGACUUCGAUGAAGAGAUCGAAUUCGAGCGUCUGCGCAAGACUGUGGUUCAGCAUGUACGGCAAAACGAGCUCGCUGAGCAGUACGUCGACCAGCUCGACAUCAAGAUCGCACUGCUUGUCAAGAACAAGAUCACACUGGACGAGGUCGUCAAGCACCAGAAGCACUUUGGAGGCCACGUCGGCACGCUCCUCAGCAGCAAGGACAUCUCUUCCAAGGACCCCUUCGACUUGAAGGCGCUCAACAAGACUUCGCGUAGAAAGCUCGAGCAGUACCAGGAGUUGUUCUUCACUUUGCAGACACAGCCGCAGUAUCUGGCGCGUCUAUUCAGGCGCGUACGCGAGCAGCGUCUUGAGGAGAAGGAUACUAAGCGCAUCGAACAACUGACGAUGAGCAUGUUUGGCUUGGCCCAGAAACGCAGAGAAGAGUACUGGCUUCUGAAGCUUAUGUCGAGGUCUCUCAGAGAGGAGAUUGACGGAUGUGCGACAGUGCAAGAAUUCACACGUGGCAACUUCUUCUGGACCAAACUGUUCGGCAGCUUUGUUCGCUCACCCCGAGACCGCAAGUUCCUGAAGGAGCUCCUUGGAGGUGUCAUCCGCGACAACAUCAUCGACAACGAAGAGCUGGAUCUCGAGAGCGACCCGAUGCAGAUCUACAAGUCUGCAAUUAACAAUGAGGAACUCCGCACCGGGCAGCGAAGUCGACGCGAUCCCAAUGUGACACGAGACAUGGCGCUCAAGGAUCAGGAGACCCGAGCUACGUUCAUCCACAACCUCCAAGAUCUCCGAGAUGUCGCCGACCAGUAUUUCUCCAUGCUCGAGGAAGUGCUUCACAGAAUGCCGUAUGGCGUUCGCUACAUCGCCCAGCAAAUGUUUGAGGAGCUGCGCCAGAAGUUCACCUACGAACCGCAGGAGCAGCUGCUGCAGGUUGCAGGGGGUUGGUUGUGGAGGUCGUACAUCCAGCCUGCACUUGCACAGCCUCAACACUGGGGUGUGGUGGAUCGCGGACUGUCCAAUGUUAUGGGUCGCAACCUCAAUGCCGUCAACAAGGUUCUCGGACAGGUAGCGGCAGGGAGGUUGUUUGGUGGCGAGGACCUCUACCUGCAGCCACUCAACAGCUAUGUCACUGAGGCCAUCGACCGCCUGCAAGAUAUCUGGUCCAGUCUCAUCGAUGUCCGCGACGCAGAGGCGUACUUUGAGAUCGACGAGUUCAAUGACCUCUUCGCCCGCACCAAGCCGACGCUGUACAUCAAGCUUGCCGACGUUUUCGCCAUCCACAACCUUGUUAUCAAUGACCUCGCAACCCUUUGUCCCUCGCAAGACGAUCCUCUGCGCGAGGUCGUGCGCGAACUUGGAAGCGCGAAGAACAACGAGAACGAGCUGCUGCACGUCAGCUCGACCGAGAUCACCCUCACCCUCAACCCCAAAUUCCACGAACAAGAAGACCCCGACGCCCACCUCAAGUCGCUGUUCAUGGAGACCAAGCGCUACGCACUGUACAUCAUCCGAGUGCAGACCGGUGCGAAUCUCACAGAAAUCUUGUGCAAGCCUGUCACACCUCAGGACGAAGACCGAUGGGAUUCGCUCGUCCGCGAAGAGGUCGCUGCGCAAAGGAAAGACCGCAACCGCAAGCACAGCGCCGUCCGGUCGUCUGCCGCGUCCACCUACACUACCGACAUGGGGUCCAACUCUGUCCUGGAACUCGACUACCCCACGUUGAAGCAGUACUGCCUCGAGAACAUGGUCCAACUCCAGCGCGCCGGCCGCAUCUCCCCGCACAACAACUACCAGGACCUGCUCAACGCCAUCGCAGUCGACAUCCGCACCAAGCACAGGCGCCGCAUGGAGCGGGCGCGCGAGAUGGAAGGCGUGCGCACGACGCUCGCGGCCCUCGACGAGAAAGCGCACUUCCUCGAACAGCAGCUCAAGAGCUACAACGACUACAUCGAGCAAGCCAUGGUAACCCUGCAAUCCAAGAAAGGCAAGAAGAAGUUCCUCCUCCCCUUCACGCGCCAGUACAACCACAUGCGCGAGCUCAAGUCCACGGGCCGCGCGUACCGCUUCGGCAGCUUCAAGUACUCCGCGCGCAACCUCGCGCAAAAGGGUAUCCUGGUCUCCUGGAACGGCUACCCAGACGCCCAGUGGGACCGCCUCGAGCUCACCAUCUCGUCCAACCAAACCGGCGUCUUCGAGAUCCAGGGCUCGCAGGGCAGCAUGAUGAUCCCGGGUGCGUUUGCAGAGGUGCCCCUCGACGGCCUGCUGCAGGCCCAGUUCGACAAUCACCAGUUCAUGAACCUGUUUGGCGAUGGAAGGGAUGGCAGUGGCAAUGGGGCCGUCAGGGUUAAUGUUAAUUUGUUCCUGCAUUUGAUUUUCAAGAAGUUUUAUCGCGAUGAGUAGGCGGGGCUGGGGCUUCUGGCGGGGGGGAUAGGGAUCGGGAUAGGGAUUGGGAUAGGCACAGGGAUAGGCACAAGGAUACCAUUGUUUUGUUGCGCGCAGGGGCGAGCGACGGGUGUUUAGGGGGGUUUUUUUUGGCUGGGCAUGGUGAUGAGAAUAUGACUUUUGCACAUACACACUCUGCUGUCCACGAUUUGGUUGCGCGUCUCUUGAUCGCUCGCGUGCUCUGCCUUGCAUGUCCUGUGUCGCGCCCCGUCGCUUGCUGCGAGCGGUUCUCGUGCAACUACGGAUUUGCUGUGUCUUGUCGUUUCCUGUCCGAUGCCUGCUGUUUCUUUUUCCUCCUUCAUAUCCCUCCUCCUCC